UUUGAUUUGACUCUAACUUCAUCACUUGGUAGGCUAUGAGUUUUAAUUAACCGUAUUACGGGCAAUUAACAGCCACUCAGAUUUUUAUAUCAUACUUUUGUUUUCGUUUUAAACUCGGGUGUAGUCGCAUCGUGUAAUCAAAAACCGUUGUGAUGUUACUAGAUGCCGGCCACCAAAUAUCUGGUUUAGGGGUUGGCACGUUCACAAGGCAUCACUCGGCUGUGAGCGAGACGCAGGACAGAGAUAUGAGUUUCAUGGAGUCGGCACACAUGGGCGCGUUCAAACUGAACCACCCCGAUUUGUCCCCGGGCCAGAGCGCAGCGUUUGCGCCCCAAGCAACCAGCUAUUCCGCGGCCGCUCUUGGAGCGCAUGCGGCGGCGCACGCUGCCUCGUACGCCAGUUCCACGUUUAACUCCACCAGGGAGUUUCUCUUGCGCAGCCGAGGUUUUGGGGAUUCGACUCCGGGCAGCGCUCCAAACAUCCUAAACGGACGCCUUGGAAUACCCGGUGAGGUUUUCGGGCGAACGGAGCAGUAUCACCAAGUGCCAAAUGCGCGGGCCGAUCCUUACAGUCAGUAUGGCCUAAAUAUGAGUAUGAACAUGACGCACCAUCCCGGCGCAUUCUUCCGCUACAUACGACAACAGUGCAUCAAACAAGAGCUCAUUUGUAAAUGGAUCGAUCCGGAGCUUGGUGACCCCAAAAAAUGCUGCAGCAAAACUUACAGCACCAUGCACGAGCUGGUCACACAUAUGUCCACGGAGCAUGUCGGUGGGCCAGAACAGUGUAACCACGUCUGCUUUUGGCAGGACUGUCCACGGGAGAGCAAGCCAUUCAAAGCAAAAUACAAGCUGGUGAAUCAUAUCCGAGUGCACACGGGAGAGAAACCCUUCGCGUGCCCCUUCCCGGGAUGUGGCAAGGUGUUCGCGCGCUCAGAGAAUCUGAAAAUACACAAACGGACACACACAGGAGAAAAACCGUUCCAGUGUGAAUUCGACGGCUGCGACAGACGUUUCGCCAACAGCAGUGACCGGAAGAAGCACAUGCACGUUCACACGUCUGACAAGCCAUAUCUGUGCAAACUGUGCGACAAGUCUUACACUCAUCCCAGCUCUUUAAGGAAACACAUGAAGGUUCACGAGGAUCAAGGUCCGGUGGUCGACUCCUCUCCUGCUGGAAGCUCCGGGUACGAGUCCUCCACUCCCUCCAGUUUGAUCUCUCCGUGCUCGGAAACGCACAGCACCAUGUCGCCGGACUCCGCCGCGCUCAACAGCAGCGCCCACAGCAGUUUAACGUCCAAUUUUAGCGAGUGGUACGUUUAAGGACCUCGCCAGAAACUGCAUAUAAAAGGAAAUAUUAUUUGUAAAUAGUGAAUGAGGGUUUAUGUUCUCAGCAUGUCUAAGAUUCAGUGUUGCACUGUGACUGAAGUAAGCCGGAAAAGUAUUAUGUGAUUAAAACGAAGGCUGUUUUCUUAUAC